AUGUUUCGGACGCGUUCGCAGGCCGCGCCAGCCAGAAACAAUGUGUUGCGGCCCAUCAUCGUGCACGACUUCGCUCUCAAAAACUCUCCUCUGGUGUCGCCAGAGGAGACGCUUCGACUUGGCCGGUUGACAAUUGAAAACGAUGCGGUUUGGCGAACUUUGGAUGCCUCGCGCUCUGUUCUCCGCGACUUACCUCUGGUCAGCUUUGAACUGAACGCCGCACCCCCAAAGGUCAGGAGGGAGCGUCCUCUUAUGCCCCCGGACUGGGAUACGGUCCCCUCCGACGAGGAAAUCUUCUUCACAGAUGACCUGGAGGCAUUCCAGACCACCGAUCUCGACUGUCUAUUCAUGCUACCGAAACGGACGGCAACGAUGGCAGGUGUGGAGGGCGAGGAAUCAGUGUCCAAACGCGCCAAACUCAUCGAAGGCUCCCUCCGAGAUCUUAUAACGCCGCCACAUAUUCUAUCGUCCCCGCCGGAUGCACCUGCCCAAAAAUACCGUGGGCCUGUGUAUGCCAAAGAAGUCCCUAUCCCUAUUCCGCCAAAUGCCCACCCACUUCCAACGCCGUCGCCUUACGCGCGCCGAAUUUGGGCAAUCCCCUUGCGUGGCCGCCUUCCUUGGCGCUACGCAACAACCGCAUCUAUUCUUGUUGACUCAGCAGAGCUUCCAAAACCCCCAGACCCGGGCACAAACGAGAUUUUAUGGUCAGGCCGGGCGAUCAAAGCGUUUUGGGCUUUCCUCCUCGACAUUCGGGCGAACAGGGUACUAGGUCCAAUUGGGCUUUCAUUCAACGUCUCACUUGUCCCCACCGUGAAUUCCCAAUUCGGCGGAUCGUACAUGGGAUUUGGACAGGCACAGGCCAUCAGCGAGGAGCCAGCGGUGCCCUCUACCGCCUCUUCUGUGGCAUUUGAGUAUAUGAUUCCGCUUCACCAGAUCGACCAUAUCAAGGUGUACCACGACGCAAUGAACUCGAUGGAGCUCCGCAAUGUGUUGUAUGCUUGGUCCUACGUGGCGGAGAGCGGGACGAAAAUGCGUCUUUUGAAGGGAGCGCGCUUCGUGUUAUUGGAUGAACGUUCUCAAGGUAUAUUAGUAUUGUAA